AUGGUACUUGCACUUGAGCUAACAGCACUACUGGGUAGAGAGGAGUGUGGUCAAGCAACUAAAGAAGAGAUACAUCUCCUCAGACUCUUCACUCCAGUGGCUAAACUUUACACUGCUAAGAAGGCAAUGAGUGUCAUGUCUGAAGGAUUGGAGAGCUUUGGUGGUCAAGGAUAUAUUGAAGACACUGGACUGCCUACAUUAUUCAGAGAUGCUCAGGUAUUACCAAUUUGGGAGGGAACCACUAACAUUAUGAGUCUUGAUGUCCUACGAGCUUUACAGAAAUCUAAUGGAGAAGUAUUGGAGGCUCUUGUGUCUAAAGUGAAUUGUGUAACUUGUAAUCAGGAGAAGCUUCAGUUUUUGGGAUUAGAAGCUGAGGCUGAACUCAUUAAAAACUGGACCCAAUCAGUGAAACAGUUUUCUGAAGAGGGUGGAAAUGUUAUAGUGACAGCUGCAAGGGAUUUUGCUAUAUCUCUAGGACAAAUAUACACUGGUACUUUAUUGCUGGAAAAAGCUUGUCACAGCUCAGCUAACAUUUUAGACUUUGCUACUCUCAAGAGAUGGUGUAAUAAAGGUAUUUUACUAAAAAGAAUAGAGCAGUAUGAUGAUAACUCAUGCAGCUUAGACACUCAUUUAGUAAUGGAUGGACAUCGGUCAACAUUAAUUAAAUAAUAACUUUUACGUAUAUUAAAAUGGGACCAUAAAAACAAUGAGAAUAUAAAACGUAUGACAAAAAUUAAGUAGCCAUAGUGUGUGUUAAAAAACUUUUAAACAAAAAUAAACACAAAAAUAGUCAUAGCAUUACUGGUUGUCAUCUGGAA